AUGCGCGUUCAUCCGGGCACCGUUCCCGCCCCACGCCUCCGGUGCCCACCGAGGGACGCCCGCGCGCGCGCGAAGCGAUCAAAGAUCGAACCCCGCGUGAUCUCCGGCGCGGGCGCGCGCGGGCGCGACGCGAGCGACGAGAAACCGACACCGCUGACUCCAGAGAAGCAAAACGCGCUCCCGCCAGAGAUGCUCGUCGACGAUCCCUGGGCGGACGAAUCGUUCGAUGGCUUGGGGAAGAUCGCGAGCGCGGGAUUGGUGAUCGUCGCCAUCGUGAGCGCCAUCGCGGGAGGGGUCGCGACGUCGACGUACAACGAAGGGGCGGUGGAGGUUGAUUUUCAGCAGUACUCGAGCCCGCAGGAGGCGGUGGCGGAUUCGUUGAGGAAAGUGAACGCGGUGGAGGCGAUGAAGAUGCGAGACGGAGCUCCGGGAUCGAACGCGAACGAAGGGGGAUUAGAAGAGAAAAUUGAAGACGGCGCGUGA